AUGCCCGGCUGUUUUAAAAAGACUUUAUUUGCCUUGGCUUCUACAAUAAGUUUUGCGUCUUUUAUCGUAAUUGCCGUCGCAAUGGGGACCCAAAGGUGGAUGACUGGAAAGAUGCUUUGCAAAACAGGGGCUGAUUUAGUCAAUGCCACAGAUCCAGAGCUGGUCAAGUUCAUGGGAGAAAUUUACUAUGGCCUUUUUAGGGGCGGCAAGAUACGCCAGUGUGGGCUGGGAGGGCGUCGUUCCAAAUUCACAAUUUUCCCACAUAUGGUGAAAAAGCUGAACACAGGCCUGCAUGUGAUGAUUAUAAUGUUCCUCUGUGUGGCCAUGGGCUUUUCUCUGGUCAGUUUUGGAUUCUGCAUUCUUAACGCAAUAAAAGUUCCUUACCGGGCUAUUAAGGGUCCAGCAGGACUAUGCCUUUGGAAUUUACUUGCAGGUGGAUUUAUAGCACUUGCAGUCACUGGCUUUAUGGCUGCUGUAAAACUUCAUCGCCUCACAGAAAGAAUUGCCAAUUUUCGGGAAAACGCCUUUCAAUUUGUUAUCUUAGAAGAAAGGUUUGAAGACUGUUUUUGGCUUUGUGUGGCAAGUGCCACAGCGCAUGCAGUGAACUUGCUGCUAAUAGCCAUUAGUGGUAUUCAUUUCCCUAAAAUAAAGACUAAGACAGAAGAAGCAAAUGUUACAGCAGAAGAUAUCAUGUACUAAUAAAUCUGCAUAAGACUACUUUGGUGAAGUGAACUAUCAUGACAGAAACAGCUUCUUGACUUGUCAGCUUUUGCUUUGGAUGGAGAAUUUUGGUAUAGACAUGAGUAAAGAUGCCAAUUGUAAAAAUCUGCAGUACUUUUUUUAAGGUCAGUCUACAAAACCAGCAAUUAGCACGUGUGGGAAAGUAGGAACAACAAAUACUACAAAUAUUAUUCUCAAAACUGACCUAUAGAGUUCACAGUUUUUACAAAAUCUACAUUUUAGCUAUUUUAGAACAUAGGUUAUAAUACAAUUUCACCUAAACCAAGUAUCUUUUUUGUUUAGAAAUAAAAUAUGUUUGUAAUAAAUCUUUCAUAAUAUAGGCUUAUUUUAAAACAGAAAGGAUGGAUGUUUGCCAAUUACCUUCUUGGAAUUAGCUGGACAUUUUUCAGAGGGUCAUAUAAGACGUACAAUAAUAUUAAACUGCAUUGAAAAAGAAGAUUUAGCCCUAUCUCUAGGACUAAAUUUAAGGGAAAGCACAGGCUACUUAUUUGUGAUACAGUGUUAAAACAAAG